AUGGAGGAGAGCAACACAACCACAGAGGACACCACGAGAAGCAAGCCUAAGCUGCGGCAUCGCCUCGAGACCGAGGCCUACCCGGACCAGAAGAAGCGAUGGCCCCGCUUCGGCAAGUUCAUCCUGGCCCAGUACACACCGGAGGCGAUACUGGUCUACCAGGCGUUCAAGCCGGAGAUCGGGCGGUACGCGGUGGCCAAUCAGCGGUUCACGGGCUGUGAGGCCUACUCGCCCACGCGCAUGACCUGGAUCAAGACCAACUUCCUCUGGAUGAUGUUCCGGAGCGGGUGGGGCGGCAAGAAGAACCAAGAGAUGACCCUGGGCAUCUGGCUGAAGAGGGAGGCCUUCGACCGAUACAUUUCCAUUGCGUGCAAGAAGGGCGGCCACCAACGCGACGGCUCAGUUGUGAGGCUCCAGUGGGACCCCGACCACCACCCGAGCGGUGCGCCGCUGAAGAACCGGCGCGCGAUCCAGCUGGGCCUGAAGAACGUGAUCACCUUCUCCAACGGGGAGGAUAUCCUCCGCAUUGACGACCUCACCGAGUUCGUGGCAGGCUGCAGGCCCGAGGACACCUCCUCGCUCGUCACCCCCAAGGAGACUAUCUACGAGCCCGAUGACCCAGCCAUCGUUGCCAACCUGGGCCUUUCCCACGAGGACGAGGUGCGAUCAGAGGCGGGGAGGGAGGUGGCGGCGGCGAUGCAGGAGGGCCGCGGGCUGUGGAUCAGCUACAAGGGCGGAUCGCACGAGCGGAAGCCGCGCCUUGUGAAGCCCCUCCGCUGGCAGCCCCACACAGCCAAGUCCCUCUUCGUCGGCUUGUGCGGCUACACGGACGGCGAAAAGGAGUUCUACGUCCACAACAUACUGGAAAUGCGCCACGAGCCCUGGACACUCGCCGAAGAGCCCGCACAAGGCGAUGAGGAGGAGAAGUCGCGAAAGAAGAGCCGACAGGCCGCACCAGUAUUAGCGGCGACGGAGGAGGAGGAAGAGAACGAACGCGAAGCCCCGGACCUGUAA